CUGUCAACACCCAGGAGGUUAUUGAGUGCUCGGGAGAGCCUCCUGCUCGCCAGUAGCGCCGGCGGUGGUUUUGCCCGCGUCCCAGGGGUGCGGAGGCAAGAGCGUGGGGCUGGCAGGGACCCGGACCCGCCAGGUGAUACUCUAAUAGUCGAAGAGGAUACAUCCAAACCCAAGACUGACUCGCCUGUUGUCGCAAAAAGAACAAUGUCUAACUCAGUUAGGGAAGCCGCGCCUGUGCUUGCGAGGAGGGUCGUUCCAGCAGAUAACUCCUGUCUCUUCACCAGUGUGUACUAUGUGGUGGAGGGAGGCAUUUACGACCCAGCCUGCGCUCCAGAGAUGCGCAGUCUUAUAGCCCAGAUAGUAGCAAGCGAUCCUGAAUCUUACUGUGAGGCAGUUCUAGGGAAAACUAACAGGGAGUAUUGUGACUGGAUCAGAAGAGAAGAGACUUGGGGAGGAGCUAUCGAAGUGUCCAUUUUAUCCAAGUUUUACCAGUGUGAAAUCUGUGUGGUGGACACACAGACAGUCAGAAUUGACCGUUUUGGGGAAGAUGCUGGUUACACUAAGCGGGUCCUUUUAAUUUAUGAUGGAAUUCAUUACGAUCCACUUGAGCGUAAAAUCCUCGACUCGGACAUUCCUCCCCAGACGAUUUUCUCCACAACCGAUGAUAUUGUUCUUGCACAAGCAUUGGAGUUGGCAGAUGAAGCCAGACGGAAGAGGCAGUUUACUGAUGUGAAUCGCUUUACGCUGAGGUGCAUGGUGUGCCAGAAGGGACUAACUGGACAAGUGGAAGCCAGAGAACACGCCAAGGAGACUGGACACACCAAUUUUGGAGAAGUGUGACACCUGCAUGAGGAUGGUUACAUCGACUACCUCACUGAUCCAGAAUAAAAUUCUGGAUUUCCAGAUAAGCUGUAUGUAAUCAUAAAAUUCCGUUCACAAAGCUUGAAAAGCAUAUUAACUUAAUGAUGGCCAAGACGCACAGGUUUGUUAUGGUUAGUGACUUUUACAACAGGUUUGAAAUAGGUAUCUUCUCGCAUGCUAAUUUAUAGUACUUUGGCAGGUGGUAUACACUUGCAGCUAAAACUUGAUUUCUAAAAUAGUCUU